CGCGCGGUGCGCGCGAGACUCUUGGCAUUGGCAGGCUGACGGUGACACGUGCCUCUCUCUCUACACCCCCGAGCUCCAGUGUACCGCAUUGGCACCAACGACUGCCACUGAAACACAGGAGUCGAGCUGUCCCACGGAUACAGAGAGCCGACAGCUCGAUCAAAACGAAACGCGAGUAUUCUUCGUUACGCACCGGACAUUAAAUCUGCUCUCACCUUGGAAGCGCGUCUCAGCGUUCGGACAGAAAAAAAGAGAGGAGGGGGCGAACAGGAUGCGGGCGCCAGGUAUAAUCUAUGCCUGAAAGUGACAUGAUCCACGGGAAUACCAAAAACACCAGGCGUGAUUUCAUUCAGAACUGGAGAUAACGAAUACGCGUCACAACGAGAGUCCGUUCUCUUUUCGCUUCCUUGAUGCGCAGACAAAGCACUAGUUCGCACACUAAAGUUUAAUCUAAACGUUAAUUGCUUUCGUAUUUUAAUUGGUCCUCGUGAAGAAAAGUAAUCAUGGCCACGUUAAUUAGAAGCAAGAUUUCGAACAAGCUGACCAACGCGGCCCACACGGUCACCAAUAAGUCGCAGGCGAAGGUGAGUGGGAUGUUCGCCAGAAUGGGCUUCCAGGCCGCCACCGAUGAAGAGGGUUUGGGCUUCGCCGCCUGUGAUGAUCUGGACUAUGACCACAGGCAGGGACUUCAGAUGGACAUACUUAAAAACGAUGAAAUGGGUGGAGAGGGCGUUGGGGAAAUUGGGGGAGAAGGGAUGGCUGAAGGGGACAGCCAUUAUCAGAGGGAUGGAACGGGUCCACCGCCCUCAGCGUCCAAAGACGGCGGAUUAAGCGCCGAACUCGCCAGUGCGGACAAGCCAAAAAUAACUGCUUGGGAGGCUGGAUGGAACGUGACCAAUGCUAUCCAGGGCAUGUUCGUUCUGGGGUUGCCAUACGCCAUCCUCCACGGUGGAUAUCUCGGACUGUUCCUCAUUAUAUUUGCUGCUGUCGUGUGCUGCUACACGGGAAAGAUCCUCAUCGCUUGCCUCUACGAAGAAAACGAAGACGGGCAGCUGGUACGAGUGAGAGAAUCGUAUGUGGAUAUCGCCAACGCGUGUUGCGCGCCGCGGUUCCCCACGCUGGGCGGCCACGUCGUCAACGUAGCUCAAAUAAUUGAGCUCGUGAUGACCUGCAUUUUGUACGUGGUGGUGAGCGGCAAUCUGAUGUACAACAGCUUUCCGAACUUCCCGGUGUCUCAGAGGUCGUGGGCCAUCAUCGCUACCGCCGCACUUCUGCCUUGCGCAUUCCUCAAGAACCUCAAGGCCGUGUCCAAGUUCAGCUUGCUCUGCACCAUCGCGCACUUUAUCAUCAACAUCCUAGUGAUCGCCUACUGCCUGUCCAGGGCACGUGAUUGGGCGUGGGACAAGGUGAAGUUUUACAUUGACGUCAAGAAGUUCCCCAUCUCCAUCGGCAUCAUCGUGUUCAGCUACACCUCGCAGAUAUUCCUGCCCUCCAUGGAAGGGAACAUGCAGAAACCCAGCGAGUUCCACUGCAUGAUGAAUUGGACUCACAUCGCUGCCUGCAUCCUCAAAGGCCUCUUCGCCCUGGUGGCCUACCUGACGUGGGCCGACGACACCAAGGAAGUCAUCACGGACAACCUGCCGUCGAGCAUCAGGGCCGUUGUGAACCUCUUCUUGGUGGCCAAGGCGCUGCUCUCCUACCCGCUGCCGUUUUUCGCUGCCGUCGAGGUCCUGGAAAAGAGUUUCUUCCAAGAGGGAAACCGUGCGAUCUUCCCGGAUUGCUACGGAGGCGAUGGGCGUCUCAAGUCCUGGGGCCUCUCUCUCCGCUGCGCACUAGUUGUGUUCACGAUGUUCAUGGCGAUCUACGUGCCGCAUUUCGCGCUCCUCAUGGGUCUGACGGGCAGCCUGACGGGCGCGGGCCUGUGCUUUCUCCUCCCCAGCCUGUUUCAUCUCAAGUUGCUGUGGAGAAAGCUCUUGUGGCAUCAGGUGUUCUUCGACGUCGCUAUAUUUGUCAUCGGGGGUAUAUGCAGUAUUUCGGGCUUCAUUCAUUCCGUCGAGGGCCUCAUCGAAGCGUACAAAUACAACAUUUCGGAUUAGUUUGGUGAUCAUUUGGUGAUAAGUGUUAAACGCAUCCCACAUAACAAGAACCAGACCGAUAAGUUCCCGUCCCCCAAAAUACACCAGACCUCGGCUUUAACCUCGAAAGUGUCUGCAAAUCUGACUUCACUACAUGAUAAAUAAAUUAAUUAAUUAAUUAAUAAACGAACGAAUUCGCAUUCCGAAAACGUAUCUUUACGUUUGCGCAUUGGUCAAAGGUGCGUGUUAUAAAUAAACAUCAGCACAAAACCCUUUUCUUUUUAAGAGAGUUUACUGGUUAUUUUUUCCAAGAAGAAAAGACACGGUUUGGCUCGAUUAAAAGGGCAUUCAACUGCUGAAAGAAAAAAAUGACAUUAGGAAACGCGUCUUUAUGACCUGCAAUAAAUGUUGUUAAAAUAAAAAGCUCAUUAUUUACAGGGGACCAACAUCGUGGCAAUAAAACGAACAAGAGUGUGUAGAGAAAUAUAGAUUUUUUUGGGAUUAUGAACAAUUAGAUCCGAAUACGCAUUUGUUUUACAUCACUGUAACCAAAACUAAACUGAGAGGGCAAAGUAGAUUUUACAGGUGAUUGAGUUCUUAAACUAUGCAUUCUGAACGUAUGAUGUCCAUGCAGCAUUAAAUAUAUUCCGGGGAAUAAGAGAACAAAGGGAUUUACACACAGAAAAAAAUCUGCUGCAUUUCAGUUCAGAUCUCAACACGCAAAGGAAAUCAUAUUUUUAUGACUAUUUGAUGAUAACGAAAAUACGACGAGGAUAAAGAAGAGGGCCAGAAAAAAAAACGUCUGACGGAUGGAAAACUAAAUAGACAAAAUUUAAAUCAAACCACUAAAUUUGAAUUGUGUUAAUCGGAUGUCAAACAACGAUUUAUAAGAAAGCACAAAAGAAGCUUCAUGUCCCCCUGCGUACGAUGUGUUUCAAUCGAAAUCAAGCUGUCUGAUGCAUUGGCCUACUCCAAAUCGAAGGACUUGCAUAAGACAUUUUUCAUUUUGUGCAAUCCAAUGGGUGCUGUGGAAAUGUUAUAAACCGUAUGUGUUGUGUUAUUGUGGUUUAAAAGAUGGAAUGUAUAUCACAAAAUCGUUAUCAUAUAUCGUGAAAAUGAAUAUAUUGCAGAAUAAAGAAACGCGUGAAAUUA